AUGUUCCCUCUUCCCUCGGGUGAUGGAAUGGAUUUCCUCGAUGAGGAUUCCGACGAUGAUUUGGUUAUUUCCGGACCACCUCACUGUGCUGGACCCACAUGCAUAUCGGCACCUAUCCCCGGCGAGAAGUAUUGUUCCGAGGCUUGUCGAGUAAAACACGCCAAGUGA